CCGCGACGAGUCAAGGCAAAGAGGAAACUGAGAGACAGUCACAAGUAGGACCAAAAAAGCCAAAGUACUGUCACUAAACUUCUCAAGAGUCAAUGUUUUUUUUUUCUUUACCAAUAAUAUACUGUAAUCUACAAUACUACAGCUGAUAUGGAUGACGUUAUGCUGAGGAGAUAUAGCAAACAACCCGUCAUAAUGAAGCAUGUUAGCGUAGCAUUUGGAGUCUUGCUGAUCCUAUUAUCCUUGGACAUUGUCAGAAGUAACGUGAUUGAACUGGAUGACAGGUUUAUUGAAGCAAAAGAGCAUGGAAAGUGGCUUGUUGAGUUUUAUGCACCUUGGUGUGGUCACUGUCAGAAAUUAAAGCCAGUAUGGGCAAACGUUGGACUUAUGAUGAUGAAGAGUCAUCCUAAUCUUCAUGUAGCUAGACUAGAUGGGACACGUUAUGGAAAGGCGAUGGACAUGUUUGAUGUGAGGGGCUUUCCAACUAUCAAAUACAUUGAAGGAGAUAAAGUUUUUACACAUACCGGUGGAAGGACCUCUCAAGAUAUCAUUGAUUUUGCAGUAAAAGCACAAGGACCUGCAGUGAAACAACUCACAAGUUCCAAUACUUUACAACAGUAUAGAAAAAGCAAACUUGUAUUCUUUGUUAUAGUUGCUGAAGAUACCUCUAGUGAAUUAGCAACGUUAUUCUCAAAGGUUGCUGAUAAGCGUAUUCUAGAUGCCUUUUAUUACCAUGUGAAACCUGAUGUCAUACCAGAGGGGGCGAGGCCAGAGAAUAUACCAGCCAUCAUGGUGUUUAAAGAUGAUCAUCAUUAUCAAUAUGAAGCACCUGAAGGAAGUCUUUCAGAAGAACACCUAUCAGAAUGGAUCGGAGCAGAAAGGUUUCCGGCAUUCUUGAGGAUUGGCAAUGAUAAUAUCAAUGACAUAGGCAGAACGGAAAAGCUUAUUGCAGUUGGUCUUGUUUAUCCAAGUGCUACAAACGUGAAGGAUCAUCCCCAUAAUCUAAUGUUAGAACUCAUCAAGAAAGUGGCAAUUGAUCACAGAGAAACAUUCUACAAGAAAGUCCAGUUUGGAUACAUGGAGGACAGCAAUAUGCUGAGUGACAUCAUUCUAAGGUCAGUAGAAGUACCGGGUAUCUUUGUAAUUGACCCAGUCACAUACCUGUAUUAUGAAUUGGACGAACCUCUUCAGCAGACCGAGGAAUCCUUUGUCAACUUCAUGAACGGUAUCAUCGAUGGCACUGUUCAGGCUAAAGGAGGCAAUAGUUUCUUCAGAAAGAUCUACAGAGUUUUCUAUGAAAUCAUCAAGAGUGUUGUGAUGAUGUGGCUGGCUAAUCCAAUCCUGAUGACCCUUCUACUUGCCCUACCGACCGUGCUCAUCACCUUCAUCUGUUACAGCAUCUGUACAGCAGAACCCAUGGAUGAGGAUGCAGAGUUCCAGGACAGCGAGGAGGAAGACGAAGGAAGGGACCAGGAUGGUCCAAAGAUAGAGGAAAUACACGACGAAGAUCCAUCAGGUCAUCAAAAGACAGAGUAGCAUAUCUAGUUUUAUAGUCUCUGCUGACAUGCAAGUCAUGUGAGCGAUCAUGUGUGCUGUCAGUCACAUGACUUGCAUGCUUUAGUGUGCAAUUCAUGUUAACUGGAGACGGUCGAGCCUCAUGGUGCCGAGUCUGAAUAUUCAUGUCUCUUCUUGAUUUGGAAAUAGAACAUGAAAUGAAAGGUAGGCUGUGAACAAACUAAUCAUGGGAUAUAGGAACAUAGAAAGUUGGUUAUGUUAUGAAAUAUUUGGUUUCAUAUACCUGUGGGCUGUUCAUAAGGUUGUUAACAAAACGAGUAGAAGAUGAAGUGCCUAUCAAAAUGCACAGUUUUCCCUGAUGAGUCAACAAAGCUUGAUUGUGUGAAAUGAAUUCAUUUUGCUUUCAUGCAAUUUAAACUUGGAUAGUAUUCUACAAAGAUCAUAUUUCAGCUUAAUCGGAUUCAAGUUUGAGAUGGUUUAGAAUAAUGAAUGGCUCGUCACCUUUUUCAUAAAGACUAUUCACCAUUAGAUAAUAACUUUCAUAAUGUGACUAAUGAAUAGAACUAAGUACCCAGGCAUUUUAUCUUAGUUUUGACAAGGUGCGACAAAUCUCAGUAAUAUUUCUUGUGUUCAGACGAGAGAUAAAUCACCUUGCUUAUUUGAAGAAAUGUACAUAUGUUUCAACUCUCACAAAACUGUCAAAAGUAGCACAGAAUUUUUUUCUUUGACAUCACAACACUUUCAAUAUCAUUUUUUGAGUAAUAAUAAUGAAUUCAUUAUGAUUUCUGAAUCACAGAAGAUGGUGUAAUGAGUUUGUGUAAGUGUUCAACCUUGCACAAAAUUGAUAUGCAAACAUUUUUUUUUAGCCAAG